CUAUCAGUGCAAAAUAAUCCCGAAUCCCAAAUAUCUUGGGACGCCAGCAUUAUUGUAUUUAAACCAUCCUCACAUGUCCUCAGCUCGCCCUGGCUUCACUCUCCCAUGCCUUCCACGCUCAUCGCUGCUGCCUUCAUCUUCCUCGCCGUCCUCCUCGCCUACCACAGGCCCGCGAAGGCCAAACGCGUCAAGCUUCCCCCAGGCCCGCCUGCGGAUCCCAUCAUCGGUCACCUCAGGGUCUUCCCUCGGACUGACCUCGGCAAGACGUUCCACGAGUGGUCAAAGCGAUAUGGCAAGUCUCUCUCCGUGUGUGCGUCGCUGAUUUGUCCACAACACGCCCCGCAGGCGAUGUUAUCCACCUCGAUCUUCUCGGCAAGUCCAUCGUUGUUCUGAGCAGCCAAGAAGCCGCGAGCGACCUUCUUGACAAGCGAAGCGCAACCUACAGCGACAGGCCCGCGUUCCCCGCUUUCAGCCUGUCCGUCUCCCCGUCU